AUGUCUUGUGUUGAUGCUCUUUUUGAGAGGGUCAACUUAGAGAGGAGUGUAGAGUCUUCAGCAGGGGAGAAGGCGAGGACCUUCGGAGUUGGAAGAACCUGCAGAAGACAAGGAGGAAGAAGCAGUCGUCAAGCUUCAGACACCGGUGUAGUGCCUGCCGAAGGCUCUCCGAUGCUUAAGUCAGCCAUAUGUGGUCAUUUUGGCAGAAUAACAGGAAGUGGAAAUGAGAGUUUUGCACAAAGUUUCGAUGUGGGACUUUGUGCAAGUUGCUAUGGUGGUGACACGUGUCUUUGGAGAUUAGGUUCGACAGUUGAGAGCUUCGGCAGUCGGGAGCUUCGGCAGGUGCCUGCCGCUUCAAAAGAGUAUCUUCCUUUGGCAAGGAAGAAGCGCCAAAGCGAACCGCCUGCUCUGGAUAUUGUUGUGCGCAUUGACCUCUUUAUUCUUCACAGGGCCUCCGCCCAAAGUCGGCGAAAUCGAGGAAUCGGACCCGAAAUCCGACAGGUCAUCCCGGAACCCGAGUCCGAAUCUGAACACCGCGAGGACGAAGGUUCCAGAGGUGGAGGUCUACUUGUAUGGGCGAGGAAAAGGCCCGAUCGACACGUUCAGAACGAGCCUCGGGGGUUGGGACCAGAACCAGUUGGAGGUCCGAGACAUUCCCGACAAGUAGCUUCAAAUCGCUUUACUCUUUCAAUACCGGGUCGGGUCGCGGCGUUCCGAUCCGGUGUAACCCCAGGAACGGCAGGUCUAUGCUGGCUUAUAAAGAUGGAUCUACGGUUCACAUUGACGGAGAGCCCAAGGCAGGGAGUGCUGGAGAUGCGAGGAAGAGUUGAGAACAGACGUGAGGCUACUUACCAAGGAAGCUAG